UCCUUGAUAACUUAUUCCCAUUUUUGUUCUUUCUUUCCUCUUUAUACUUAAAAAGAAAAUAGCUUUUUUUUAAUAAAAUGGACGAUAUUGUAUCUUAUCAAUUUGCACAAGUACGACAACGUAGAGAUGAACGUCAAGAGAUACAAUAUGAACUUAUUCUAAGGCAACAACCAAAACAAUCAAGGAUGUGUGGUAUAGGUGAAAAAGCCGAUAGACGUCCCAUCGAUCCACCACCAAUAAUACAACUUAAAGUCUAUGAUGCAAGUUUACCACAAUCAGAGAAAAGUUCUUUUCUCCAAAAUCCAUAUUUCUUCAUGUACGCGUCCCUGGUGGCACCUGAUACAGAUGAAGAAUUACAUUUAUUGAGAGAUGGAAAGACACGUUCUACAACAGGAUCUGUCGUUUCAUCGUUAUAUCAUCUCAAAGAUAUUGACAAUUCAGAUGCGGGAUUUUUCGUAUUUCCGGAUCUCUCUGUACGUAUGGAGGGAACUUAUCGUCUUAAACUUAGUCUUUUUGAAAUAAUCGGAAGAGAAGUUUAUCACUGCAAGUCAAUCUUUUCUGAUAUUUUUAUAGUGUAUUCGGCGAAAAGGUUUCCCGGCAUGGAAGAAUCUACAUUUCUAUCAAGAUCUUUUGCUGAUCAAGGUUUAAAAAUCCGAAUAAGACGGUUGGCAAAACGCGAUAGAAAAGAAUUAGAAUUGAUCGAUCAAUCAAUGGGUAAUAGAUUGAAACGUCCACGUGGUGAUGGUAAACGGGAGGAUAAUGAGAGUGGCGAAUCAUCCGAUGUAGAUAUGCAUGAACGUACACCAACUGCUGAUGAUUCACGUUCAAAAUUAAGUUCUGAACCAGCUCCAUCAAGCUCUUAUGAUAAACGAAAGGAACAUAACAGUAGAAGCCCUUCGUCACCACGUCGAGUUCCAUACGAUCAUAUUCCACCACAUAUGGCACAUUAUGAUCCUAACGCAACAAUCUAUGGUCCGGCAGGAUAUCCUCCACCUCGACCUCAUCCAUGGCAUGAUCGUCCAGAAUAUUUGGCGGAUCCUCAUUAUCCACCACCAUAUUAUGAUCCAUAUGAUAGAAGAUAUGGUUAUCAUCCAUAUUAUUAUCCACAUCCUCCUCCUCCAUUACCUGAUAGCGCUGAUCAUCAUCGUUAUCCAUAUCCUCCUCCAGCUUAUGGUAGACCACCAAUGUACCCAGGACAACCCACACCAGGAUAUUAUGAUACACCUCCAAGAGUUCCACAUCCUGCAAGUGAAUCUCCCGGAGCUGUUAGACCACCACCACCAUAUGGAUAUGAUCCAUCAAGUCCUUAUCCACAACGAGGUGGACCUUGGUCGCAUUAUGGUGAACGUUCACAAUCAAGGGACCCUGGUUUAGAAUCAUCAUCAUCUCCUUAUCGUGGAAGUGGUCCUGUAACCCCACCUCCUCCACCUCGUGGUCAUGGUCAUCCAAUGUAUUAUCCUCCUCCACAUGAUUAUUAUGCUCCUCCAUAUGGACAUCCAAUGGGACCUCCACCGCCAAAACAAGAUUAUUCUACACCAGUUGAUCCUUCAUUAACCGGUGAUCCUAGUAACCCACAAAAUAAAAUACCAAUUCAGGAUUUACUAUCAACUGAACAACAACAGCAACAGUCUCAAUCAUCUCAACCGAAUCAAUCGAAUACUGAACAAAGUGCUGUUACUCCACCAAGAAUGUAUGGUGGACCACCUUCUGCAUUUGCACAUAUUUAUCACCGUCCACAUGAAUACAUGAGACAUGAUAUGUAUAGACCUCCAUAUGAAAUGGGAUAUCCGCCACCACAUGAAAUGCCUCCAUAUGGUUCUGGUAGUAGUCCUAUCAAUAAGUCGCAAUUAUCCUCACAACCACCACCACAGGAUGGGCGUAUCCCGGCAUCUUCAUCAUCAUCAUCAACAACAGAAUCAGUAAGACAAGAAAGCCGUAAUGUCGAAUACAAUGCAUAUGAUCCCGCGCGUCGUUCGGCUUAUACCGAACCUCCUGGUAAUUCAAGCGUUUCUUCAAAUCCCGGUUCAGCAUCAACAUCACAAGCAUCGUCAUAUUCAGAUUUCGGAUAUCAUAAAAAACAUAAUGGACUUCAACCGCAAAGCAACUUUUACGCAACAGUUUUCUCUCAAUGAAAUUCAGGUUUUACCUUGAACUCUUGAACCUUUGAUCGUGGAUUAAAAACGUUUGAAAGAUUAUUCUUUCGUACAGUCAGUCAUUUAUUAUUUAGACAAUUUAAAACUCAAAACCUCAAAACCGCAUACAAAUUUAACAAAAAUACAUAUAUAGUUUUUUUUUGACAUCCUGUACAUUCUUUAUUCUUUCUUUGCAUGGUCUAUAUAUACAAAAAUUAUACAUUAUACUUGGGUAGUGAUUUUUCGGCAAAAAUACUAUUUUCCUAAUUAAAUAAUGUGAAAAAUUCACUUGGGGAAAUGGGAAAAUAAAAAAAAUCUUUUUAAAUUACAUACUUUUUAAUAAUAGGGGGGUUUUUUUUAUUUAUUUUGUUUUUUUUAUUCCUUUCCUUUUUUUCUUGUAACUUCUUUGUGUAUAAAUUCUUUUUUUUAAAAAAAAUAAUUUUUUCCUUUUUCAU